AUGACUACAAGCAAACUUUAUAUAGGACAUCUUUCCUCAAGAACAGAAAAAAGAGAUCUAGAGGAGUUGUUUGAAAGAUAUGGAAAAGUUAUUAGUGUAGAUGUUAAACCUAUGGGCUAUGGAUUUGUUGAAUUUGAAGAUCCACGUGAUGCUGAUGAUGCAGUAAAACAAUUAAAUGGUUAUGAAUUGGAUGGUGCAAGGAUCACUGUAGAAUGGUCACGUAGGUCUGGUGGACCUGGAAGUGGUUGCUUUUUAUGUGGUGGGCAAGGUCAUUGGGCCAGAGAAUGUUCUGAUGCUAGGGAAAAAGGUAUGGAUGUUAAGAGUGGAAAGUGUUUUCGAUGUGGUGAAACAGGCCAUCUAGCAAAAUAUUGCAGAGGAGGUCGUGGUGGUGGUGAUUAUGAUCGUGGAAGUCAUUCUUCUAGAUACGGAAGAAAUCGAUCUUCCUAUCAUUCACAUGGUGACUCUUAUUAUGAUGAUCGUGAUCGUGAUAGAGAUCGUGAUCACAACCAAGAUUACGAUCAUGUCAGAGGUCGGGACCAAGAUCAUGAUUGUUAUAGUCGUCAUUCUAGAUCACCGCCACCUUAUGAUAGUCCUGAUAAUAACAAUGGCGGCUACAACAGAUCACCACCAAGAAAUCAAUCAAAAGGUUCAUAUAGACGCAGUUCAAGUCCUUAUGAUUAUGAUUAUAGAAGAAGUCUAACAACAAUUAGACCCAAGAUCACUGUUUACUCUGAGGCAGGUGACAGUAGUAUCGAGAAUAUUACACUACCAGCAGUGUUUAAAGCACCUAUUAGACCUGAUAUUGUUAGAGUAGUUCACACCAAUAUUUCAAAAAAUAAUCGUCAACCUUAUGCUGUCUCAUCAAAGGCUGGUCAUCAAACAUCUGCUGAGUCUUGGGGUACUGGUCGUGCUGUAGCACGUAUCCCUCGUGUAUCUGGAGGCGGAACACAUCGUGCUGCUUUUGGUAAUAUGUGUCGUGGAGGACGUAUGUUUUCACCUACAAAAACUUGGCGUAAGUGGCAUGUUAAAACCAAUUUAAAUCAAAAAAGAUAUGCCAUCGCAUCAUCAUUAGCAGCAUCAUCAAUUCCAGCUUUAGUUUUAGCACGUGGACAUAGGAUUGAAGAGAUUCAAGAAGUUCCAUUGGUGAUAGGUGAUGGUAUUGAAUCAUUGGAGAAGACAAAAGCAGCAGUCCAAUUGCUUAAAGCAGUUAAUGCUUAUCGAGAUAUUACUAAAGUAUCCAAUUCUCGUAAAUUGAGGGCUGGCAAGGGGAAAAUGCGUAAUAGGCGUCACAGACAACGUAGAGGACCUCUUAUUGUUUAUAAUACUGAUAAGGGAAUUGUUAAUGCAUUUCGUAAUAUUCCUGGUGUUGAAGUAGUUAAUGUUAGAAGUUUGAAUUUAUUACAAUUAGCACCAGGUGGUCAUUUAGGUAGAUUUAUUAUCUGGUCUCGAAGUGCUUUUGCUUUGUUGGAUUGUUUGUUUGGCACCUAUAGAAGAUCUUCUUCUAUGAAGAAGGAUUAUCGUCUACCAUCACAUAUCAUAUCCAAUUCUGAUGUAACACGUCUCAUCAACUCUAAUGAAAUCCAAUCAAUCCUAAGACCAGCAAGAGAGAAACACACAAAACGACCAUAUACACAAAAGAAGAAUCCAUUACGUAACAAUGGUGUCAUGAUUCGUCUUAAUCCUUAUGCUAAAAUAUUGAAAAGAGGUGAAAUCAUACGUGCUGAAAAAUUGAAAUCUGGUAAAAUCCAAAAGAGUAAACGUCAAGCAAAGGCUAGUACCAAGGCAUCAGAAAAUAUAGGUUACAAUGAUUAUUUCCAAAUUUAG